AUGCCCGUGGAUGGCGACCCUGCCGCCCAUGUUACGUCCUAUCAAGAAGCUGUCAGCCAUCUCGCUACCACUGGCUUCGACAUUCCUGCUUUUGUUACUGCCGCCAUUCUUCUUUCCACUCUACCAUCUGAGCCUGGUGACCCGGAUUCUUGGAACCAGUUUGUCGCCGGCAUCAAGAUCAACAAGACCACCACUCUCUCCACCAUCGUCAAUGCUAUCUUGGAGGAGAAGCGUUGCCAUACUGAGCCUUCUGUCGAGGUCGAGCAAGAUGAGUGGGUCGAUGAAGUUGAGCCAGAAUGGGGUCGAGGUGUGUCGGCAGGAGAUGGUGGUAAUGGCAUCUCCAAUGGGCUAGUAGACAUGCAACUAUGA